UCACCAAUGAGGAUUUUUACUGGGUAUUUAAUUCACCUGAAAAUUUUUCUUCCUUUAACCUAUUUAACUUGCUUGUUCGGUGCAAAAUGGUAUCUUUUGGUGCUGAAUAUAAUUGAAAGCAUUUUUCUGUGUUCCCCGGGAUUUCAUUUUGUUUGGGAUUAUGGUAUAACCGAGAAAAACCCAAUAUUAUGCUACCCUCGAAUGACUAACUUUCCAUUUCUGCAAUAAUAUUUCACAUUAUGGAAUGGUAAAGUCUAAAGUUUUUGUGUUUCUUUUCUAUCCUACGUUUGGAAUAAUACAACUCUUUCUUGAGACUUUGAUCUGUUGGAUUCUGUUCUGUGUACCUCACUCUAAUGGGUUUCUAUUUUUGUUUUUCUUGUUAUUUUGCCACUUAAUUUUUGUAUUGAUUGUUGAUUAGAUUCAUAGGAUUUUGAUUCUAGUUCAAUGAGAUUGUUGUAGGUGAAAACUUGUAGCUUAGUGUGUGUGAAUGAUAGAACUUCAGGGCUAAGAGGUUGUUAAGAAGAUGGUUGGAAACAUUGCAAUCAUUGUUUCAUCAUUGCCAACUUCUUUUUCUUCAUGUCUGAUUAACCUUCCAAGAGAUUCUCCAAGCCUCAAGCUUCUUCCAAUCAGACACCAAAUACAAAUCAACAGAACCAGAGCUACAUCUUCUGAUGCAGGUCAUGGUACUGCGGAAGCAAAAGAUCCUGCUGCAGCUUCUUUGAAGAUUCCACACACUGUUUGGAGGAAAACAUUGAAGCCAUUAAGUGAUUUUGGUUUCAGCGAUAGGAGCAUCUGGGAAGGUGGGGUUGGACUGUUUUUAGUGUCUGGUACUGUCCUAUUUGUUCUUAGUUUGGCCUGGUUAAGGGCCUUCCAAAUAAGAUCCAAAUUCAGGAAGUACACAGUUGCGGUUCUGUUUGCUCAAGCUUGUGGCAUAAGCAAAGGAACACCUGUGAGAAUCAGAGGAGCCACUGUUGGUAAUGUCAUUGGUGUCAAUCCUUCUUUGAAGUGUAUUGAAGCGGUUGUUGAGGUUGGUGAUGUCAAAACCAUCAUACCACGGAAUUCACUGAUUGAGGUAAACCAGUCAGGUCUUUUGAUGGAAACAAAAAUUGACAUCACUCCUCGUGAUCCAAUUCCAACACCUUCUGUUGGUCCUCUUGAUGAAGAUUGUACUAAGGAGGGUCUUAUUGUGUGUGAUCGUGAAAAGAUCAAUGGCCAGCAAGGAACAAGUUUGGAUACAUUGGUUCGGAUAUGCACCCGCCUUGGGCGUGCAUUAGAGGAAAUCGGUAUCAGCAAUAGCUAUUCAUUGGCAGAACGAGUACUUUCCAUCAUUGAAGAAGCAAAACCUCUUCUCAGACAGAUCAAAGCCAUGGCUGAAGAUGUUCAUCCUUUGUUGGCUGAGGUCCGAGACAGUGGCCUGUUGAAGGAACUUGAGAAUUUAACCCAAAACCUUACCCAAGCUUCUGAGGAUUUGAGAAGGGUACAUUCAUCGAUUAUGACCCCUGAGAACACUACACUCGUUCACAAGUCCAUAAACACACUUAGUUUUACCUUGAAGAACAUUGAGUAUAUUAGCAAGGAUAUUGUGGAUUUUACUGGGGACGAGACUACUAAAAAGAAUUUGAAAUUGCUUAUCAACAACCUCAGCAGGCUAUUAUGAAGUCAAAAAAUGAAGAUAGGAAGCACAAAAUCAUAGGUGUUACCGACCAGUUUAGAACUGAUUUCCACGUGAAUGGUCUUGUUUCUUAUGCAAUAAUUAUCCACUCGUCUGUGAUGCAAGGACGGAUUUUAAUAAUGGUUGAAGCUCUAGGCUUUUAGAAAGAAUGAAGUUACUAAUUAAAGGGUCAUCAUGGCACAUUCAAAGUGGUUCUAGUUGAUGAAGAUUUGAUUUGGACGCAAUUAUCCAAAUAUCU